AUGGAAAAAUCGGAAGCUGCAAGGGUUACAGGUGCUCAUUGGGCAUCUUUAAGGUCCAAACCAGAGCUUAUAGUGAUAGAGGAUGAUGAGAUAGCUGAUGCAGAUGCGAAUGAUGAUAUCCAAGAGAUCAAAACGCGAUCUGUCUCACCACCACACAAGAAACAACGGCUACCGGAAACCAAUGUCAAAACAGAAACUAUCACAUCCCCUAUAUCUCUGUUUUCAACAGAAUUAUCCAAUCGCCAGGACAACCGAGAUUGCCUGGACUUCAAAGACUUUGUUGCCCAUCCUGAUCUGGUUAAAACCUACCAGUUCAACUUCAUGAUAGAUAUUGAAUUUCUGUUCGAGUCUCUUGGGCGAAACCUGGGGAAGUGCGAAGUUUGCUUGGUUACUAGCUUGAAGAGUUUAGUAAUGGAUGCCGAACUCUUCACUCAGUUGAAAGUCACAACGUGCGAUGUGAAAAUGGCAAGGUACGGAACUCAUCAUACAAAAAUGAUGAUCAAUUUCUUCAGAGACGGAACGCUACAGAUCGUUAUUCAUACCGCAAAUCUCACGUAUGCCCAGUUCAACUACAAUGCUCAAACCCUCUGGAAAAGCCCGAUUUUGAAAAAACGCUCUGAGACUCGAAGUACCAAUUUCAAAGCUGAUUUGACUAGGUAUCUGCGCAGUUAUCAUCUUGAGAAAAUGGAUGAGCUCAGCGAGAUACUUGCAGAAUAUGAUUUCAGCGAGAUUUCUGCAGAGUUUAUAAGCUCGUCUCCAGGGGACUAUGUGCUGGAUCUGGAUCAUCCAGGCGAGACUCUUUCAGGUUAUGGAAAACUGUAUCAGGUGUUGAAUGCGAAUAACCUGAUUCCGCAAGAUCAUCAGAAACAUCUCAAGGUGGUUGCCCAAAUAUCCACGAUAGCAAGUCCAUAUGAGCUUUCUAGAAACAUAUUUCUUCAUUUACUUGCACCCAUGGUGAAUGGCUCGACGUUUCCACUGAGUGAUGGUGCUCUUGCCGUGUUUGAUUCCGGUAAACAGGACAACUACGAUGCAAUCGUUGUCUUCCCAACCGACGAAGAAGUCAAGAACUGUGCUUCUGGAGAAUUGGCAGGUGCAGCAAUCCUGUAUCAGCCCUAUCCAAAAUAUUACAACCCUAACUUGGAGGGUCAUAGAAAGGCUCUGAAGAGAGCAUUCCACAGAUGGAUAUCCAAAGUGGAGACUGGUAGAGAGAAAUUUCCCCCGCAUUGCAAGACUUACUGUGCUACCGAUGAUGAUUACGCAACCCUUAAAUGGGUUCUGAUGACGAGUUCCAAUCUUUCGAAGCAAGCGUGGGGAUGUCCUGGGAAAAAUCUGUCGCCAGACUCUCGAGUCCAGAAGUACAAGAUCCAGUCGUUUGAGGCUGGUGUGUUGCUACAUUCUGGUCAAUUUGGCGGCUUGCCCCUUGUUCCAGAAUACGUUAGCAACACAAGCAAUAAGAACAAUAGUGUUCCAAUUAGACUGCCAUUUUCACUACCCCCGGUGAGAUAUACUGCGAAAGAUAAGCCUUGGUGUAUUUGA